AUGUCUUCCUGUAUUGACGAUUACUUAAAAAACGGACUCGCCAAGCGAAUUUUCACCCAACAGGAUGUUAUCUAUCUUUCAACUUCUUCUGGAACUCGAUUUGGCCUCAUUCCGAAACUGCUUCUGCCGCUUAUUGAAUCCUUUUCAGAGGUUUUUGAGAUUUCUAGUUGUGGAAAGAAUGAAGAUAUUGUUAUGAAAGGGAAUGAUUUUGAAUCCAGAAGCGCGGCUGCUCUAGAAUUCUCGACAAAGUUAAAAGAAAACUUCUCCUCCAUCGCUGAAAAAUGCAAUUUAUCAAGGCUCAAAAUCGGCUGGAGAAAUGAAGAAUUCGGCGUUUAUCCUUUUGGCUCCGACCCUCGAUUUCCUGAAACUGCUCUUUUUACGAUCGAACGUGCAUUGUGCAAAGUUCUUGGCAUUGAAAGCUACGGGGUGCACUGUAAUGUCUAUAAAAUUGACAUGGAGGGUGAAAAGAAGCUGUGGAUUGGAAAGAGAGCGAUGAAUAAGAGCACCUUUCCGGGCAAAUUGGAUACUGCCAUCGGUGGAGGGAUGAUUUACGGCCUCUCUGUUCAAGAAAAUUUGAUCAAGGAAGCCGAGGAAGAAGCAUCAGUCUCUCCCGACGCCACAAAAAAUGCCAAAUUUGUGAAACUGGCUCGUUACUGCUGGCACACCGAAUUCUACAUCAAGCGAGAAGCCAUUUUUAUCUUCGACCUUGAUCUCUCCUCCUCUCCCGAUCCAACUCCAAACGAUGGCGAGCAACUCGGCUUUCAAGCUGAAUCUAUCAACAGUCAAGUUUUCGAAAAUGCUCAUGAAUGGAAGCCGAAUUCUCUCGCCGUCUCGAUCGAUUUCGCGAGAAGAAAUGGGGCAGCUGUGGAAUCAAAAGUUGUAGAAGAGCUUCUGAGCGACGAGUGCAAUAUUUUCCAGUGA